AGCUGAGUGGCAGUCACGAGACAGCACUCAGCUCCAGCAGGCUUCCUGGAGGACUGGGGCGAGGGGGUCUCCAAGUGCGACAGGACAUGGACAAAGAGCGGGAGACGCUGCUGGCCUGGAGGGAGCGCAUGCGGCAAGAGCUGGACCAGGUCAUGGCCUUCUGGACCGAACACUCACACGACCGAGUGCACGGGGGUUUCCUCACGUGCCUGGGUCAGGAUGGGCAAGUGUAUGACGACCUCAAGUACGUGUGGCUGCAGGGGAGGCAGGUUUGGAUGUACUGUCGCCUGUACCGCAAGAUAGAACGUUUCCACCGCCCUGAGCUGCUGGAUGCGGCCAAAGCAGGUGGGGACUUUCUGCUUCGCCAUGCCCGGGUGACACCUGCAGAGAAGAAAUGUGCUUUCGUGCUGACUCGAGAUGGCUCCCCAGUCAAGGUGCAGCGCACCAUCUUCAGCGAGUGUUUUUACACCAUGGCCAUGGACGAGCUAUGGCGGGCCACAGGGGACACCUGCUACCGGAGGGAGGCGCUGGCGAUGAUGGAGCAGCUGACCCACUGGGUACGGGAAGACCCUUCGGGGCUGGGGAGACCGCAGCUACCGGGGGCCACCAGGGCUGAGCCCCUGGCAGUACCCAUGAUGCUGCUCUGCCUGGUGGAGCAGUUCUCGGAGGCUGAUGCUGAGCUGGCCACCAGAUACGCAGAGCUGGGGGACUGGUGUGUCCAUCGGAUUCUACAGCAUGUCCAGCGGGAGGGGACGGCUGUGCUGGAGAACGUGGCUGAGGAUGGCGGGGAACUGGCCGGCUGUUUGGGAAGACAACAGAACCCUGGCCACGCAAUGGAAGCCGGCUGGUUCCUGCUUUCUUAUGCCAGCCGGAAAGGUGAUUCCAAGCUGCAAGCCCACAUCAUUGAGAAGUUCCUGCUGCUGCCCUUCCACUCAGGAUGGGAUCCUGAGCAUGGAGGCCUCUUCUACUUCCAGGAUGCCGAUGGCCUCUGCCCCACCCAGCUGGAGUGGGCCAUGAAGCUCUGGUGGCCUCACAGUGAAGCCAUGAUCGCCUUCCUCAUGGGCUACAGUGCCACUGGAGACCCUGCCUUGCUGCGCCUCUUCUGUCAGGUCGCCGAGUACACCUUCCGCCAGUUCCGUGACCCCAAAUACGGAGAAUGGUUUGGCUACCUGAACCGAGAAGGGAAGGUGGCCCUCACGAUUAAGGGGGGUCCUUUUAAAGGCUGCUUCCACGUGCCGCGGUGCCUGGCCAUGUGCGAGGAGAUGCUGGAUGCUCUGCUGAACCGCGCCAGCCCAGCCCCCAGGGUUCCGGUCCAGGACCCGACCACCGAACCCGCCCGCUGAGGCACGCAAUAAAGCUCCGCCUACGCUA